UCAAACGAGAGGCACACAGAAUAAAACUCUGUAGAAUUCCCUUCCAAUCCCCCAAAAAAAAUUCGGAACAAAAAUGUCCACCUCUGCUCUCUUUGGCGCUCAACUGGUGUCCGUACGGAACCCAUUGGCUCCGGCUUCGGUCGGUGCGGCAAGGCCAGCCUUGUCGUACGGCGGUGGGUUGGCAGUGAUAGAAUGCUCGUCGAGACCGACGAAGAAGUCCACCGCCCACCACAGGAAGACUCGGCCUCGCAAAACCCAGCAAUGGGAUAUUAAGCGGAAGCCCACAGUGUACGCUCCUCUGCCUCAACUUCCUCCGGAGUGGACUCUGGCGGCGACCGAUGACUCCUUCGCGGUGGCCGAAGCUGAUGUGAGCCCACCUGCGCCAGAAUCGCCCGCCGCAGAAUGAUUUGAAGAUUCUCGUUUGCUCUUGGUUUGUUGAUGUUUUUUCUUUGGGGUUAAAUAUUUGGACUAAUUGUGAUGAUAAUUUUGAGUUUUUUAAAUUGUAAUGUUUGUUACUCCA